AUCGGAACCCUAAUUUAUACACAGCACAAAAACCCCACUUUCUUUCACUUCCGCUGCCCUUACUCUGCGAAGUUAGCAAAAAUCCAUCUUCAGGGUUUCUCCAAGCAAAGGCCUUUUAGCAGCCAUGGCGACUACUGCAGCAGCACCGGGAGCCCCUCUAUCUCAGAAGGAAGCCGACAUACAGAUGAUGUUGGCUGCCGAGGUGCACCUCGGUACCAAGAACUGCGAUUUCCAAAUGGAACGCUACGUAUUCAAGCGUCGCAAUGAUGGUAUUUACAUCAUUAAUCUUGGCAAGACCUGGGAGAAGCUUCAGCUUGCUGCCAGAGUUAUUGUUGCCAUUGAAAAUCCUCAGGACAUCAUUGUCCAAUCAGCAAGGCCAUAUGGUCAGAGGGCUGUCUUGAAGUUUGCACAGUACACUGGUGCUCAUGCAAUUGCUGGAAGGCACACUCCUGGCACAUUUACCAAUCAGCUCCAAACUUCUUUUAGCGAGCCCCGUCUUCUCAUCCUCACUGACCCUAGGACUGACCACCAGCCUAUCAAGGAAUCAGCUCUUGGAAACAUACCGACAAUUGCUUUUUGUGAUACUGAUUCUCCAAUGAGAUAUGUUGACAUUGGUAUUCCUGCAAAUAAUAAGGGAAAGCACAGCAUUGGUUGUUUAUUUUGGCUGUUAGCCAGGAUGGUUCUUCAGAUGCGUGGUACCAUUCAGCCUGGACAUAAAUGGGAUGUCAUGGUGGAUUUAUUUUUCUACAGAGAGCCUGAGGAAGCUAAACAACCAGAAGAGGAGGAGGCAGUUGUUGCCCCUGACUAUGGACUUGCUGCUGCUGACUAUGGAAUGGGUGCCAUUGCUACUGAUCAAUGGCCUGCACAAAUAUCUGAUGCACAGUGGCCCACCGAUAUUCAGCAACCUAUUUCUGCUGCUCCUGCUCCUGCUCCUGCUCCUGGCAACUGGGGCGACCAAGUUCCUUUGAGUGCGGAUGGAUGGGACACUACAAUUCCUCCCCAAAUGGCAGUUCCUGGAGUCGAUGUCUCUGCUUCUGGAGUCGAUGUCUCUGCUCCUGCCGCUACUGGCUGGGAUUAAGGGAACUCAGCAAUGUUACUAUUGUGUGACGUAGUUUUGCUUCUAUCAUGAGCUAGUAUGCAAGUUUUAUCCUCUCCCUUCAGUGGAUGUGCUUUCUUUUUCCAGAUCUUAGUACAUCAGCGCCCUCUAGAUCUUUUUUUUCUUUUUCUUUUUUUCUGUUUAAGCAAUGAAUAAUUUCUCAUACAUGAAUUAUUUCCAUAGUAAUAUGUGAUUUUACUAGAAAUUUCAUUAUUAUUAUUACUGAAAGGUUCUGGGGAUUUUCUAAGAAAAGCAGUAUAAUGGACCCAGUUUUGCAUGAUGCAUAGAGCUGCUUUCCAUUACGUACUGUCAUGUAGCAUAUACCAUUUGCAAAACCAUCCAUUUGUACCCAAGAACUUUGGCCAUUCUUCCAAAAUCCAAGCAUAUGGGUCCAUGCCAAUCAAACACACAGUAGAAU